AAAGAGCGCGUCUGAGACUCAGUUUCCGCCUUAGUUCAAUUGCGAGGGAGUCUGGGACAAGUGAGCAAGCACAAACUCUCCAAGUCUAGAACCCGACACUUGCCCGACACUUGGCACUCUUUCACUCAACGUCCGGACUAGCUGUCGAGUUCCUCAGUGCAGCCUCAGUUAGCACUACGAGUACGUGAGUGCAGCAGCUCGAUAUCAACAGAGGAGUCCAAAAUUGAAGUUUAUUCAACGCAGCUACAGCUUCACUCGCUCUGUCUUCACAAUUGCCGGAAACAUUGUUUAUUCUUCACAGGUUAGCUUACUUCUCCGAUCGUCAUGGGCAUCGGUGGGUCUAAGGCGGCGCAUUUCACUGGGAAUUUCCCCAGCUUCAAGCGCGCCAGGAAGCUGAGCUCCAAAGUUGCGCACGCCAUGAUCAGCCGAUCGAAGUCCGUGGACAGCCGCUUCGCGCACAUCCCCGACUCGGGACGCUUCUCCGUCGAGUCGUACCCGCUCUCGUUCCCGCGAUCCGCGUCGGAUAUAAUGACGGCUUAUCCUCGGUCGGAGUCGGAUAAGAUUACGGCUUAUCCGCGAUCGGAGUCGGAAAAUUUAGCGGAGCCGUACCCUCGAUCGGUAUCGGACAAGAUUAUGGAUCCCUCUCCUCGAUCGGAGGCCUACUACCCGCGAUCCGAUUCGGAUAAGUUAAUGGAGCCGUAUCCGCGAUCCGAGUCGGAUAGAAUUAUUGAGGCGUACAGCGCCACGGACUGCAGCUCGCCGUGCACGCCGCGGCUGCUGCUGGAGUGGCAGCACCGCAUCGGGGACGACUACUUCGACGAGGCGCUCGAAAUGGAGUUUUUCGAGCGCGAUAACGAGGCCGAUAACAGCGAGUACGAGGGGAGCGGAGGCAAUCCGGGCAACGACGGGUGCAACGCGUGCACCGGCGCUGAAACGACGGGCUCGGGGAGGGAAUACGCGAAGGGGUGCUCCGCUGCGCCGGUUUCAGUCUUGGCGAUGCGAUCGGAAGCCGUUGCUGAGGAUCGGCGAGUUAUCGUGAAUCGGAUGCUUGGCUCGGUGCCGUCGUACGUCGUCGUCCAGUCGUAACGGCUCACGGGCGACAGGCGACAGAAGCCGCAGCAGCGUUGCAGCCGUCUGAGGUGCGUGUUCCAAAAGGGACCGACUCCUCCGCGACAGACGCCGAGGAAUCGCAGCAACGUCGCAACUGUCGCAACUGUCGCAGAAACGCUGAUUCUUGAGAGGCGCGUGUUCCAAAAGGAACUGACUCCUCCGCCUCCGUUGCUUGCGCCAGGACUUCUGUCCCGGCGCUUCUUACUAACAGAGUGUGCUACUAACGCAGGAUCAUGUGCUACUGGCUCAGUAACGUGUGCGACUGACAUAAGGGCAUGUGAUACUAACACUUCAUCAGGUCCUGCUGUCACACGCAUAGAGGUUGUUUACAUGCAGGGGGGGCUAGGGCUUGGAAGUUAGGGGUUUUUUAUCUAGGGGAUUUUUCUGGCCAAGGCUCUUACCAGUCCGUGCAAGGACCCUACGUGCAUGGAGCUGCUGUCAAAAUAGGGAGGCAUGUAGCCAUGAAAUA